GUCGAUUUGGACGCUUUGCUCGAUAUGUCCACAGAUGAGCUUGUUAAGCUCUUUACCGCUCGAGCUCGCAGAAGGUGAUUUACAUUUGUAUGUUUCAGAGAGGUCUGAAGAGGAAGCCCAUGGCCUUGAUCAAGAAACUCCGCAAAGCGCAUCUUUUGUUUUAGUAUGGCUGAAAAAAUAUGAUAUAUAUAUAUAUUGUACCUGUAUCUGCGCCUGCGUCUGCACCUGCACCUGCUGCUGCUCCUACCUCUACAGUUACUGCCAUAGUCUAAUGUCUAUGGUCAAGCAGCAUCGAAUUUGGUUGCUGGAAGUAACCUUGAUGGAGCGGUCCGGCAAAUUCUUGAUAUGGGUGGAGGGACUUGGGAUAGGGAUACUGUUGUUCGAGCUCUUCGUGCUGCUUACAACCCAGAGAGAGCUGUUGAAUAUUUAUAUUCUGUCAGCGUCUUUACUUGUAUUUGAUCUCUUUUGUGAAUUUAUUUUUCAAAUGGGAAGUGCAGAAGCAUGACGAAAAUUUUUGUUUUUGAUUUA